AUGGCAAGUCUAGAACCAGCCGCGAGGGUUCGCGUUGCCUGUGAGAUGUGUCGCAAGCGGAAACGAAAGACCAAAACAGGGUAUGUGACUGGACUAGAGGAUCAAAUUGACCUUCUAAAAGAUGAGUUGCACCGCUUAGAAGAUUUGAAAUCCAGCAGCGAAAACGCGGGACAAAAAUCGAGUCCUAGCUCAGCUCAAAGGAAUGUUGAUUAUGGUCUCGAGCGAAGAAAAGAGGUUUCUGGUGCCCCAUUUGAAAUAUCUUUGAAAAAGGCGACUCCCAUUCAAGACAUCAGCUCCCUGAUAUGGCGAAUGAGCAUCGAGGACUCCGGGGAGCAGGCUUUCAUUGGCCCAUCAGGAAACUCUUGCUUCCCUGUAUCGCCUAGAAAGCCCCCGAGAGGACAUCUGCACUUUGCAAACUUGACCGCGAACACACCUGAUAUGUCAACAAUCAAUACACAACAAGUUCGCGAUGAGACGCAGAUCACGGAUUAUCUACUUGAAUUAUUUAUCGAAUUUAUCAACCCGAUUCAUUUCUUUCUCACCAGCAGUACAAUCGUUGAAAUUCGAGCGGAUAACUUAGAACCAAAGUUAAGCUUGGUCAAAUAUGCAGUCAUGGCCGCCGCCUCAUUGCUGGCCGACGAUGAAGACAGCCGUGUAUUUGGCAAUGACGCAGCUGUUGCAGUUGACUCGGUUCUGUUGCCGGCUUGUCGACAAUAUCCAAGCAUUUCCCUGGUUCAAGCGUUGGCAAUCAUGUGUUGGCGGGAGUUGGGUCUCGAGAACCAUAACAUGGCUUGGAUGUAUAAUUCUAUGUGUGCUAGUAUGACUGUGCAUCUUGGUCUUCCUGUCAGCUCUCUACACGUCCUUGAGGACCCCCAAAGUGAAGAUAAUGCUAAAGCCAAGAAUUCGAACUCGAAUAGAACUAGUGUUGCAACGGCCUGGUCUGCAGUAAUGAUCGAUAGGUAA